AUGAAGACGCUUUCUCUUGUUGUUUUUUGUAUAUCCUUUCUGUCGACGGUCACUUGCUAUGAUAGAAGCGAGAAGUAAGGAGAAAUUGUGAUCAGCGUACAGUAGUUUAGAGAGAUGUGUAUGAUGGCCGUGGCGUCAAAGCAGGAGCAAGUCAAGUCUCUCAUUUACGACGAGACCAAACGACGUGACAUCCUCGGCAGAUUGGUUCAUCGUUACGAAAAUAUGGUAAGGAUUUAUUACUAGCAAGUGGUGAUAAGUUUGGUCCCUCAUGGUCAUAUUGACUGCUAUUUUACAGUGCAUUGACGUGAAAUGUGACACGUGUGAGAUCAACUUCCUCGAUUGUCUAAAACAACAAGUCGACACCAACCAGUUCGUCUUUACGCCUCAGAAUUGUUGCAGACUAUGCAAUGCAGCCCCACCACCAAAGGCGAACCAGGAAGAGCAGAGAAAGGUGCAUGACCCUUCGGUUGGAGUCCUCCCACAGGUCGUGAGUUCAGCCUGGUGAAUGUGUGAUGAUAAAUUGUACUUUUAACCAAUAAAGCGGUGUGGAUCGACUAGGAAAUUAACGUUACAACAAAGGGUUUCAUUUUAAGAAUAAGACAACAGAAUGGUAGACUGAUAUUAGAGAUUGAUACACUGGCGAAUUCCUAAAUACUAUGUAUAACAUAUUUGGUAUCAAACAAAAUGGGAUUGUCUGAGGAUUCAAGGAAAGAAAAAAUUUUAAGAUUUGGCCAAAAACUAAAGAAGUUAUAGCCAAUUCAAAUCGGGCCACAAAGAUGCCCCACCCUGUAUUAAAAUGACUUUAUUCCAGAUAAACUUUUUCUUUACAUCAAAAAUUAAAAAAAAAGUUUAUCCAAGCAUAUAGAAGCAUUAUAAAGGCCCAGCAAAGAAGAGCGCAACGUCAGGUCUUCGAGGUGACAAAGCUAAAAAUUUUUUCUUUAUUUUCAGCCUUUUCGUUAUCUUUAGCAACGCAUACGACACCAAGGCCGGCUGUAAAAGGUAUACGGAGUACUGGGGGUCUAAACUCGAGCCAAUUCUCGAUAAUGAUGCCCUUGGUCGCAAAGGCGUCAAAAACGGCGUGUAAGAAUUGGAAAAAGAAGUACGGUCACAACGCUUACAGUCUGACAAUGACUUACUGGUUGAUCGAUACUUGAGGUAUUCAUUUACAUUUUUAGUAUGAGAGGUUCACAAGCACUCCAUGUGAUUACAGAGAAAUCGAGUGUUUCAAGGCACAAGCCGACACCUCCACGUUGGUGGUGACUCCUGAAAAGUACUGCAGCCAAUGA